AUGCAGGAGCUCUCUCAAGGGGACAGACAGAAGAUCUGUCUGCAACGGGAGGAGUCGUCGUCCAAUUCAAAGCAGCAGCGCUUGGGCUCCGGAGUCUGCAUCAUCGAAGUCGAGGUCGAAGAUGCCGAAGGUAUCGAGUCCAAGGUGGGCACCGGAUUCCUGGGUAUUUUCCCGGACCACCUCGCCGGCUUGCUCUUCCUCGUCACUUGCCGACACGUGCUCCCAGACGAGGCCUCCUGCGACAACGCGAUCUGUACUUUCGAGGCAUCAGGGCAGCCAGGGCACAGUCUCAGUCCUUCACCUGCUCUUGGCUUCGCCGCUCCGCCGUUCUUGGAUGUUGUCAUCACGCGCGUUUGCUCCGAAGUUGCCGCCGGCCUGCCGAGAAACCAGCAACCUCAGGAGAUGGACCUGACAGAGUCUCCGCUGCCUGGUGAGGAUCUGCUGCUGCAUGGCUACUGCCGCGGCAGUGCAUUCUGCACCUUUGCCUGCCGAGCUCUGGCCGUGUCCGGCGAAAUUCUGCGAUUCGAGGUGCUUUCGGACGAUCUUCCGGAGACGGGCGCUUCUGGCAGCCCAUUGACAAACAGAAGAGGUCAAGCAGUGGCGGUGCACAUGGGUCUGUGGCACCAAGACUCAGGUGUGGAGGGACGAGCGACGCUUCUACGAGCACUAGGUCUUGCAGCAGCCCCGGACGAGGCGAGGGCCGAAGCCUCUCGGAAGGCAGAGCUGGAUGCUGUAAUGCGCCCGAAAGAUGACGAAAGUUGGACGCUGCCGGAAUAUCAUCGAGAAGCUAUUCGGCUGCAAUGUUCUGUCGCCCGAAAGGCAGAUGUCGGCGCAGUGCCGUCGCACCGCGAGCUGGUAGGACCGUCAACGGCUUUCCACAGUGGCGACGCCCUGCCCGAUCUUGGCGGCAUCAAGCAGGAGUUGGCAAUGAUUCGCCGACAGCUGUCUUCCAUCUUGGACGUCCAGCAUGAACUGCAGUCAGUACUACAUCAGGUUGGGAGCGACGUCUCCAACUUCCUAGUCAGCCCACAUCUUCAUCAUGGUCACAGUCGCGACGGAAAAGCAAAAGCCGUCCGGCCCAAAGGAGGCCUCCGGCAUGGUCCGACUAUGACUCACGGCGUGAGCAGUGCUGUCGAUCAAGAAGGCGUCGAGGACGAGGUAGAUGAUCGAGAGUCCGUCGAGGAUGCAGAGGAGAACAUGAAGCCCAGUUUUGGGUUGUUCUCCUUGAAACAAGUGCACGACAGAAUGAACGUCCGACAAUCCAUCCUGGUGAAGGAUGGUCAGGAGGCUUUGACGUGGUCUCCUGAAGAUGAGAUGAGACACAAUCUGAAGAUCAUGUUCGAGAAAGCCGAGAUGGUCAUGCAGCAGGAGCUCAAGCUCAAGAUGGCCCAAAGAGACAGAUUUCGAUAUUGGUAUGAUCAGAUGUGGCAGAUUUGGAAAUCGAAUGAGCGCUUCUCUAUGGCAUUGGACGUGUUCGUGAGCAUUACCAUUUGCCUCAAUGCGGCAUUCCUUGGCGUGAGCAUGGACUGGUCUGACGGAUCAUUACCAUGGAUCGUUGCCAACCUGGUAUUUUCCAUCAUCUUCCUUCUUGAAAUUGUGUUUAAGGUCUACAUGAAUGGAUUUCGUGGACAUUUCUGCACCGGCACGCCGUGGAUGAAUUGCUUCGACAGCUUUAUCAUUCUGAUUGACUUCGUGCAGGUGUGGAUGGAGCUAACGAUGGGUUCGGCCAUGAUGGAAGACACACCAUCCGCCUCGCUAUUCCGAAUGAUUCGUCUCCUCCGUCUCACGCGUAUCUUGCGAGUGACCAAAUCAGACACCUUCAAGGAGCUAGCAGAGCUGAUGUAUGGGAUUGUUGCUGGAAUGUACACCACAGUUUGGUCGCUGCUCCUUUUCGCGAUCGUCAUGUAUGUGGUUGCAUUGGUUUUUCGAGAAACGCUGGGCAGAGCUGCCGAGACACCUUCGAAGGAGCACGUCUUCCAGCUAUUCAAUAAUGUACCGAGAGCAUGGUUCACCACAUUUCGUUGCAGUUUCGGAGACUGCAACUCCAAGAUGGGUGUUCCAAUUUUUGAGUAUGUGCUGGAAGACAACGAGAACGGCGAAGUGUUGGGCAUGUUCUAUGGUUGCUUCACAAUCUUGGUGGAAAUUGUCCUCUUCAACGUCAUCAGUGCGAUGUUCGUAGAGAGCACCAUGGAAGCUGCUGCUCACAUCUCCAAUCUGAAGCGAAGGGAGCGGCUGCAGGAUGAGGGCUUGCUGUACACCCGCAUUGCUAUUCUGGUCAGGCGGAUCAUGAUCAAAGCCACCGGAACAGAUCCGGGACAGGCUCUGACGGAGCACCUGGACACGAUCGUGCGAGCCCAGGUCCCCAGGGAGACCAUCGACCAGGUCAUCUUUGACCACGAAGCUAAGCAGGCUCUCAUGGAUCUGGAUAUCAACCCGCUCGAUCACGCACCUCUGCUUCAUUGCAAUGGCUCCGCGGGGAAGCUCGCAGAAGAUACUUGGUGGCAUUUGGUUGCCCUUCUGGACGGCAACAGUGACGAUGCUUCAGUUGUCGUGAUGCGAGGCGACAUUGUUUGUGUCGACCUGAUGCUGGCACGGUGCCUUUUCCUCUACAAAGGAGCGAAGAGCAAAGCAUGGACAGUGGGCACACGACUUGGAGAUGGCCUGCUUCGAAGCGAAGGUGGUGCUGGUGGCAUCAUCGCACGGCGGGUUGCUGUGGAGGGUGACGGCGAAGACCCCUCCGAGGUUUGCGUGUCGCCGGCCGCCCGAGGCUGGGAGGUGCAGCGGAAACAUGUAGUUUGUAGGAUCUGGCCGCAGUACCUCCUUUUGAACUCUUUAGUCCCCAGGCUGCUGGGACCACAGAAUCUGAAAGAACGCUACGGCGCGAGCUGGUCGCUCGUGACUGGUGGCUCCUCAGGAAUUGGCAAGGAGCUGGCGCGAAAAUUGCUAUCCCAAGGGCUCAAUUUGAUUAUCAUAGCGCGUGACGAGCCGAUCUUCGAAGAGACCUUAAAGGAGCUGAAAAAAGAGUUUCCGAAAGCGACUAUCCGAAGCGUCAAGGCAAACUUGUCGGACAGUUCUGGGUCCUGGAUGGCAGACGUUAAAGAGGCAACCAAGGACAUAGAUGUCCAAGUAAUUUUCAACAACGCCGGCUUCAUCGUCACAGGCUUCUUCGAGCAGCACUCGGUCGAGACGCACCUUGCAAACUUCCACUGCAAUCUCACCGCAAACAUACACCUCACCCACUACCUCUACAGCAGACUCAUCAGCAAGGGCCUGAAAGGCUGCAUUGUCUUCACAUCGUCCUCUGCGGGCUUCAUUCCAAACCCUUUUGCUGCAAUGUACGGCUGCACCAAGUCAGGGCUAUCAGAGCUGGCUGCAAGCCUUGCUGUUGAGGGCAAGGCACGUGGCGUGGACGUUCAUGCGGUGCACCCGAGCCCGGUGAAUUCUCGAUUCACAGCUGGUGGCGGGAACGAUGUCAAAGUGCACAAGAUGAACAUGUUUGACAUGGCCUACAAAAUGGCCACAGGUCCGGAGGAGCUUCCGAACCAGAUCUUCGCUGCUGUCGGCCGAUCCCCAGUGAUGAUUGAUCUUGGUGCCACCUCGGUCGGCAUGCGGUACAUGCAGGAGAUUGGCGUUUGGCCUUCUCCCUCGACAGAGACUUCUCCCUCGGCUCCAGCUGCCACAACUGCAGCUCCAGCUGCUCCAGCCGAGCCCUCGUCUGCCAGCCCGGUGCAGGAGCUGUCGCCAGAGCAGCUGGCCAAGCUCUCCAAGGAAGAGCGCAAAGCCUACCACGAGGCACGGCGAGCCCAAGCCAAGGGUCAGGCAAAAGCCGAGCCCAAGAAGCAGCUGACCAAGGCUGAAAGACGCCAGAUCCAAGAAGAGCAGCGCAAGGUCAAAGAAGCCUCUAAAGAUGACGGCAAGGAGGACGACAAACUCCUGGCGGAUCUGAAGCUGCAAGGUUUGUCCGAGGAUCAGGCACGUGCUGUGAUGUUAGAGAUGAGAAAAAAUGUGGAGCUGGAUGACGACGAGUUUGACGAAGACGGAGACCCAAUGAGAGACUUCAACAUGCAGGUUCGCUUCCAGGGACACGUGGACACCACGCCCACCGAUCAUCUAGGUUGCCUUCUACGGAUCCUCUUCGAAGAGGCAUGCAGUACCUGCAUCAGCGAAGCUGCGGCCAGCAAAAAGAAACUCCAGCCAAUGGCUAUUGCCAAGAAGCUGGAGAAGCCGCUUACAAGAUGGGCGCCGAUUUCUGAGAUCGGCGAUGAAAUUGGCGAUCCUUUCCAGGCUGCUGAUGUUGUUUGCUCGGCUUCUCAGACCGCAGCCGGAUCUGCGGCGACAGCCGCAAGUGCCAAAUGCUCACUCAUCAAUCCUCGGGCAGGAGCUAUCGCCAUGGUUGGCUGCUUAGUCGGGCUGCGGGAAGCAGAUCUUGUCGAAGACGACGAGCUUCUUCAAGGGUGCAGACGAAUGCCGUUCGAGAACGAGCGUCCCAUCGUCCUUGAAAAGUUCAUGGAGGACCUGCUCCCUCCACGAAACGUUCCCAGGUGCAUCGCACGAUUGCUGCUGCAUCUCGUGACCUCCUGCUUCCAGGACCUAGACGAUGAUGAGGACGAUGAAGAUGAGGAUGACUAG